AUGAUGUCCUUCAUUCGUCGCUUUGCAAGAGCCGACGAUCCAACCGGUCGAAGUGUAACACUUGGCGCCGAGGACAUCGCUUUAUGUCCUGUUAACAUCUCGAACAUCAACACUCCAAGUGACCAGAAAUCAGCAGCCAUGGAAUGUCCUCUUCGAUUGAUCACUUCCGGAGCCAUGUACUCUACCGUUCCACAGAAACUGUACGUCUUCUUCUCACUAUCGAUUGCUUCUUUACUCAAUCCAAAGCCAUUAUUCAAAUGUCACAUUCUAAACUUUUGUGACAGUAUAGCAGUUGCAUCGCAUGCCAAUAUCAAUACUCAUGCUUUUCUCAUUCCGCUCACCUUUCCAUUCGAUGUCCGGAAUCCAUUAUUCGACGACGGAUGGAUGACGUGGAUGCUACUGUGGAAGGUGUUCGUGGCGUCACUCGAGCAAUCAGACGGUUCGGAUCUCAUGGAUACCUGA